GUGUCCGGACUACCCUGAUUAUCCAGACAUAUGUGACCUGAAACCGCAAGUCCAGCGUCUACAGCGCGAGGUUAACUCCCUCGCGGCGAAGAGGAGCUCUGUAUACAACAACUGUAAGGACAUGCGGAACAGGUUGGUCAGUCUCCAGUCCGAUGUGGCCGCAGUCGCCGAUGCUUUCAAGGAGCUGACAUUUGAAGUAUACCAACUCCUCACCAUCGCAAGGCUGAGAUCUUCCUAUGGCUCCUUCUCCGGUGUGAACCAGACCAUUGACAUAAAAGAUCUCGAGGUCCUUAAAACUGAGCUAGACGACAUAAAGAACAAGGUAGAUACAGGUUUAGAAGGAAUAGUGAACCAGCUCUUGGAGAGAGAGGUGGAAAAUCUGCUGUCCACGUUGCCCGUACCCGUGCCUUUCUCCGGGGGCGAUAUCCUGGACCUGCUUGGCAUUGGGAGCAACAAGAGAAAACAGCGCGAGUACGAGAACAAGUUAAAGUCCGCCAAGUCGACUUUGGAAGAAGCUAAAAAGAUGGUUGAUCACAGUUUGCGUCGCAUUGAGGCCGACUGCGCAAAGAUCCAAUCGGCUUGGCCGGAAUUGCAGAAACGCGUUACCUCUGCCUUCCGUAACGUCUUUAAGGUCACAGUCGAUCUUGGCAACGCCUUUCCCGGCUUGAAGGUACAGUUAAGUGACCUCCGUAACAAAAUGUGUACGCGAAGCAAGAGAAGCAUCGCCGAUCUAAUCCGAAACAAAAUUCGCUCCGGACUUAAACGCCUACCAGACCUUAGUAGGCUAGCAGCGUCCUUUAAGCCACAACCAGGAGGAAGACUCCAACCACUUUCAAACUUUGCCCUCUCCCUUCAGUUUGCUCAGACCCAAAAAUGCUUGGAAGACAACCACGGUUUGUCUGGCCCUUACUCCAACGAGAGAGUCUCUGGCAUAUCCUCUGCCUUGCGGGGCUUGAAAAAUUACCUAAACACCGAUUUCCAUAACAAGGUCAACGGAGCUUUGGAAGACAUCUUGGGCCCUUUUACCAAGGAACAGCUGCCGAAACUGAUUGGGAUUGCCGACAGGAUUGUCAAACUAAUGAAGGUCAACUCCACCCUCGAUGCCAUAUUAAGCCGAGUCAGUCCUCUCGACAACAGUUUCACGACAACCGACGCUAUACGCAUGAUAUCGGGGCUUUUUCCGCAACAGAAAUGCUAUCUCAUCUAUCCACUGAGCUUUGCUCGGUCUGGGGCCAGCCACCCUACCUAUACAGUCCCGACAACAGACAAGCUGUUCGAAAUACGUAACGACUUGGUGGAUUUGCUGGACAUGGCGGGCGGGGAUUGCAAUGCAGUGCCGGCUGCUAGAGAGUUCAUUGGUAGACGCCAUACCAUGUCGGACGGUUUGUUCAACUAUCUCGUCAAGUCCUCCCAUCCUGAAUGGGACUGUGUCACAGUGAGUGGCGACGUCUGUUGAGUAACCCGUGUUUUUUAUGUUAAAAUCAAAUUUACCCCUACACACAAAAAAUCAAAUGGUUUUGAAUUAUUUCACAAGUAAUGUACAGGUACAAGUUUUACACUUUUUUAUUUUGGAAAUAACAAUGGUAUUUAUAUUUCAGUUAUGUGUUAUAUAACUGCCGAAAGGCACUGUUAGUAUGCGCAUACACAUAAUGGAAAAUAAUCAGAUUCUAAAGAAGUGCUGAAACCAAAGAGGGUAUGAUAAAAAUUAUAAGGAAAAAAUACAGUUUGAGUGAUAUUCUUUUUUACCGUGCUACCAAAGUUUUUUUAAAAUGAUAUAUAGCUUCAGUAAUGGUCACAAUAUAUUAAGCAAAAGCCAUACUAAGUUCAUACCUUUACACGUUACUUGUGUUUUUUUUAUAGCAAUGCAUUUACGACAGAUUAUCAUCUGAUAAGUGAAUAAAUCAUAAAUUGCAUAUAUCCUA